AUGUCUUCGGUUUUGUCUUUUGAAACUCAAAAUACACAAAAAAAUGGAUGGAAAAAAAUAGUCGAAAAAGUCAAAAAAGAACCUUUAGUGCCUGUAGUUAAGAGCGUGUUAGCUACUUGUCUUGCUUUUUUAGGCGCAACAAUUGCUAUUCAACGGAAAAAUAAACUACUUGCAAAUAGGAUGUUUCGAUACCGAGUUUAUGCCCAAGGCUUUACAUUGGCCAUUAUGGUUGCUGGAAACAUUUACUACAGAUCUAUGAUGCAGCAAAAUACCCAAUCAUAG